AUGCACCAAGGCUCGGGACGGCCCUUUGCUGAACCAGAGUCUGGCCGGUUAAAACGGCGGAUGGAGACUUUGUCGAGGCCGACUAGUACAAGCACAAUGCUGUUCAAGGUGGCUAUGAGUGUCACGUUGCCCCACGGCAGAGACCAGGGCUCAGAGUGGGUGCGAAGAUACCUGCAACUUUACGUCGGCCGUGCAUUCCUCGGAGAGCACGUUCGUUAA